GUAAAGAGUAACCAAGGCAGCACAAAGAAAGCUGAGGAACAGAUUUGUCAUAGCAACAGAAUAUCUGUUGAAGGUGCAGAAAUCAGCCUCCAAAAACAUCCCAGUUUUCUCAGAUAAUUUUUAGGCUCUGAAUUAAGACCUGAGAUGUACUCCUCACAAAGAGUCGCCAGGCAAGAUCAUUUACCUGCUGAAGGAGCUGAGACACUCCACAAGAUUCAUUGUCAGAUGCAACGAACUGUGACUCUUGUGAGAAUCUGAAUGACCCUGUUUCCUGGUACAAAGCACAAUUUCAGUUAGAAACAAGGAUCAUGCCAGUUUGGAAACUCAAGCCACAAAAGAAUGUGUUGCUCUUGAUGUCCUAUUCAAAAGGGAAAAGCACUUAAGGAAUGUGUUUUCAAGUAGAGAUUUUUCAUGGUUUAGUUUAAGCUUUUAGCAGUGUGAUGACACAAUGUGGAAAAAUGAGGUCUUCACUGCAAAAGGAAGAUUUGGCAUUACUCUGAAGAGCAGGACCACAAUGGGAGAUAAACAGAGCUUGAGAUAAGUAAACCAGGCAAAACAACACUCUUCCUUCUCAUAAACAUAGUUUUGCUCCAUCACUGCUUUGGAACCGGAACUAAAAGCACAAGCACCGGAUGGGCAGAGCAUGUGGCUGUUACGGAACUAGCAGAUGCAAGCAGACAUGCUGAACAUGUAAACAGUGCUGGAGAAGAGUCGUUGAACCUCAGGAUAAAAGAGCUGGAAAAGUUAGAACAAAAACUGAAAGGUGCUCUGGAGAACUACAUGGAGUCAGAUACUGUCCUAAGAAAGAGGAUGAAAGAGCUGGAGCUGUCAUACAAAGCACUUCUUGUGAUGACUGAUCAACUCCACAUGAAGCUGCACCGGAUUGAAAAUGCAAAUGCGCGUGUUAAAGGGAAACUGCGAGACAUUCAGGAGGACCUGAUCGACUUGAUUGAUAACCAAGAAAAGUCAGAGAAGAAGCAAAAGGAAAAAUUACGUUGGCUUCAGGAGCAGCUGAAGACAAAAGAAGAUGAAAUAAAAAGCCAGUCAGAGUAUUUUGAGCACUACAAACAAAGGCAGAGACAGCAGACAGCAGUGCUGAGAGAAAGGGAGCGUUACCUUCGGGGUGAGGUAUCUAGGCUGGAAAAGCAAGUCCUAGACCUUAGUGCCCAUACUGCUCUUUUAACAUCUGAGUUAGAAGAGGGAAUGGUGCAGUAUCUCCAACAGAAGCUGGAAUCAGCAUUUGGUGGGACUCGGGACUAUGAGCAUUCUGACAUGGAAGUAAUGGAACUGAAAACUUGCAUUCAAAUUGUGGAGCAUGACAUGAAAAGCCACCUUGAAGCAUUUCAGCAAAAUUUGAAGUUCUUAAGCAAAAAAGAAGAUGACAACAGAAGAGAACAGGCAGACCUGCUGACUGAACUCCAGUGCUCUCAGGACACUGAAGACUUUCUCAGAAGACAAUUGGAAGAAUCUUCCCAUCGUGUGUAUACUCUGAAAUUAUCUGAAAUCAAACUACAUGAGAAAAUUGACAAGCUUUUGGAUGAAAACAGGGCUUUAAAAGAUCACAGUAAGGUGGAAGUGAAAAAGAGGAAAGAAAAGGACUCAGGACAUCAAAGACUGGAGAAUGAAGAUAGCAGCGUUGAACUGGUCACCAUUGGAACAAAGAGAACAGGUACUCCAGAAGAUAAUCCCCUGUUGUUCAGACUGCUUCUCCCUUGCUCUAAGUUAGCUAACGAUGAGGCAAAUAUGGAAACCACAGAUGAAGAAAACUUGGUUCUCUUGACGGAUCAACCCAUAAAUCUACCAGCAAAGACAUUCCCUGUUUCUGUGGCUGAAGAUUUAAUGAUAAAGAAGCUCCAACUUACUUUGUUUGAACCUGAAAGCUACCAUAUAUCAGCUGUCACCACAGUGAAGGAAGUGAGUCUGGAUUUAAGUGAGGAAAAUACCACUCUUUGCUCUGAUGGUCUCUGCCUUGUUGCAGAGGGAGGAUUUUCUGACAAGACUUUUGCACUUGGUCGUGGAAAUGUGCCUUGCACUGUGACUGAAAUUUUCACAUCAUCUCUAGAGAAAUGCAAUGUGGAAAGACGUUGGGAAAACAAGAAAAUUCUGCCAAAAAGCAUAAGUGAAAAUAAAUGUCCUGAUAAAAUUGUUGAUGAUGGAAAGUAUCACCAAAAAGUCUUUAAAGGGAGAGCUGAAGGAGAAGAAAUACAGAGUGAGGAAGCCCAACCACAACAGGCAGCCUGCCUUCCUGAGGAAAGUUCUGAAUUGUUAAAUAAAACUGAACUGACUAGGCCUGGGAAUCAAGGAAUGGUAGCCAAAACCAAUCUAGAUAGCCCACAAGAAGUCCGAAACUUAUCUGUCCAUUUUAAAGCCGUUAAGAAGCAUUUUGAAAGUAGCCCUAAACUAAAGGAGAAAGAAGGAAACCUCUCAGGAAUUUGCAUUUCUGAUAUGAAUAGGUUAUAUAGUGGAGAAGACAUCGUCAAAAUGGAGGAGAAAGGAGAGCAACCUCAGAACCCAGCUUGCCAAGCAAACUCUUCCAGUAAUAUUGGCCUGAAAGAAAAGAAUUCUGUCCAAACCCUGAAACUCUGUGAAUCAAAUGAGAAGAAUGACUCAAGUCAAAAAAUAGCUGCUGAAAACAUGCAAUAUGCAUGCUCUCCUGGAUUGUUUUGGUCAGAGGAAGAGGGCUAUCUGCUGAACUUAGUGUCUCCUAGACGGGAGAGGGCUGCGUGCUUAACCAAAAUGCUGCUGUCAGGGAGCGCUUCUUAUGAGCGCUUCUGUCAUCUGUCCCCACUGGAAGCUGGUAGUGAACUGGAAAAAGUGUUGGCUGUGUGUUCUCAGAGGAUAUUUCUACUGAUGCAGGAGAAUGAAAAUUACUCCAAAAAAGUCUGUGUGUUACAAGAAGAGAAUGAGAGAUAUGCUCAGAUGAUGUGUGCACUGGAAGAGGAGAUGGAUGCGUAUAUUCAAUACAUUUUAGCAACAGAUGAAGCUAACAUUGUUUCAUUCCAAAACUUACUGAAUGAGAAAGAAGUUGGUGGUGGAUGCUAUAAUAACUUAUCAGAAGAAAACACCACGAGCCCAGGAACACUUGUUGUUGAAACCUUCUCUAAGAACCUUGCAUGUGUUGAAGAGAAAAAUAGGAAUUCUGAGACAGACUCAUUGACAAUUGCAUCAAAUAAACUUCCCAGGAGUGUUGUAUCCCUGAAUGGAAGGAAGAUGAGAUAUUUCCAGCUGCUUUCUGACCUGAAAGAAGAAAGAAAUAGAUGCUUUGAAGAAAUAGCUAAAUUAUUACAAGACAAGGAGAACUAUGUGGCAAAACAUAAUGAAUUAAUACAAGAGAGAGAGGGACAUAUACAAAGAAUAUCUCUGUUAGAAGGUGAAAAAGAAAAUUUAUUGAGAUGUUUGGCAGAGGUCAAGUGUGAACAGGACAAAUACAAGACCUUGGUUUCAGAACUUCAAGAAUGCAAAACCAGCUGUCAUCAAACAAUUUCUGAUUUACAGGAAGAAAAAGGUGCUCUGAAAAGAGAAAUGGCCAGAAUCAAGAAAGAAACUUCAGAACAACUUGAUGAAUCUCAGAAAGCAAAUGCAAACUGUAUCUUAGAAAAUAACAAAUUGAAAGAGCUUAUGUCUUCCUUGGGCUUCAGCUAUGAAGAGCUAGGGAAAGAGAAAUGUUUGGGAACAAAGGGAAAGACAGUAAAACUAAAAGAAGAGAGCCAACAACGUGGUCUUAAUCCAAAGAGCAUUGGAACAGCAUGUAGUGGAACUCAGACUGAGGAAAUUCUCAUUACAGACCCUUCAAGCUAUUUCCCAAGAAAAGAGGGCAGCAUGUCUGAAAGCUGCAGUGUGAUGAAAGAGCAAUUCGAAAAGGUAAAAGAGGAACUGAAAAUACGGGAAAAGGAAUUAGAACAAUCAAAAAAAGAGGCCCAGAAGUGGUACAGAGAACUUGGCUUUGCUGAAACAAGAUAUGAAGAAGUCAAAACUCAUUUGACACAGGCUCUCUCAGAAUUAGACCAUCUUAAACAAGAGGCUGGGAACAAAAAGCUUGGAAAGCAGCGCUCCAAAUUAAUGCCUGUGUACACUGGGAAAGAUGCCCAAGAAAUAGAGGAGAAUGAAAUGGCUAAUAAGAGAUUGCAACAGCAAGUGCUGACCUUGAAAGCCCAGCUCAGGGACCAGGCUGCAUUACAAAAUCAGUUUCAUGACUUGCAGAAUGAAGUGGAACUCCUUCGGGCUCAGCUAUGUGAAAAGGAAAAAGAACUUCAGAAGAGAAAGUCUGAAGCCAAGCUGACACUAGCUCCUCUGAAGGCUAAGCUGGCUUGCCUCACCCAGAAGUGCCAGGAAAGGAACACCUUCAUUAGGAGGAUGCAUGGAGAAUUCCACAGGAGAGGAAUUAUUAACUCUGCUUUUGAUGAAGAGGUGAAAAACUUGGUGAACGAUGUGGCCCUGGCAGAGUACAGUGUUGUUUUUACACCAGUGUGUGAUCAAGGGAUUGGUGUAUUUGCCAUAAUAAACAUUCGGCAUUAA